GCUAUCGCACCGCGACACGGUCGGAUCUCGCCCCGCAGCCGUUACCUAUACACAAGUACGGGUAUACACGCGCGCUCUUCUCAGGGGAUAUUUUCUCUCGGUGACCGGAGCAGGUUUAUUCGUUUAUUCGAGGAUAACACGAUAUUACUGUCACAGAAAUCAGCCACGGGAUGACUGGACCCGCGUACGCGGACGAGUCACCGUGAUUGAGGAUUUCUUCUCUAACCGUUGUUCGCAAACGUCUCGGCUCAUCUAAACGGAAGUGUGUGUUGUCAAUGCGACAAUCGUCGAAACGUUCCACUAUAAUCGACGCGGAAUCUGUAGUGAGUUGGUGAACUCGUUUCUGCUUGCGCGGUUCAUACUAACCUUUGAAAUCUUGGAUAUUAAGAGCAGCGCGAGAAAACCAUCGCAAACUCCUUGAGAUCAGUGUGUCGUCUUCGCUGGAAGGGUUUCAGUGUUCGGUUUAGUGACUUCAUAGAUAACACUUGUUGGAAGGCACAUAUCAAGCAACAUCGAGCUACGGCCCCGAUCAGCGACGCUUCAGUGAGAUUCGGUUUCGCGCGAUCCACGAUCGAAAUCCUUGCCACUGGACAGCCCGCAACACCGUUCGGUCUGUGAUGCCAGUUGACGGUCGCCGAACAUGCGAGAUACGCGUUCACGGUUAAUCAACGCAUUUACGCGUAACCGUCACGGCUCGCUCUCGAGGGGGUUUCAAUUAAAUCUCCCGCGAGGAAGGUCAAGUGCGAGCGUCGUGCGAACGACAUAUAGUUUUCGGUACUAAUUAAAACACCCCGGAGGACUCCUGUUAUCGUGCUCGUGUUCGAGAUUAAUUAGCGACGGGCCGGGGCACGAGGGCCCGCGCGACGACAAGUGAGCAGCUAAGAUCGCGGACUGUGUGGCGUCCAGGUGCUGAAGAACACCUAGGUGAUCCAAAUAGUGUGUUUCCAGAUUUCACCAAGCUUAAUGGAUUCUAUCAAAUCACGUCGAUCGUUGGGAGACCUACGGGGUAACAAGUAGAGAGAAGAACGUAGUGUGUCUCGUGUCAUUGAAUUCGCGUGUGUUUGGAAAAGAAGAAACCAGGAUAAAGGAUAAGGGUGGUAGCUCGAUCAGAUUCUUCUCUAAACGGAUCGUUCGCGAGUGACAAAUUGUAUCAUUGCGUGCGGACUCGGCACGUAGCUUGCUGAGGAUAGCCAAGAGGAGAAACCGAGUGCUAGGUGGUAGGAAGUAGAGGAAAGAAAGUGGGAAACUUUGUCAGUGGUCGCAAGAUCCGUGAACGCGUCGCAAGUUCAAGGGAUGAGCGCGGCGCAACCACGGGAAUAGCUACUCCCGACGUCCGAGAGGCACGUAUUAUGUGAGGUGAUACUUGCAACGAGGGAAACGAAGAUGUCCGCCGUCAGCGUGGCUGCAUGGCUGCUCAGCGCCGUCGCUUUCGCUGCGAUUAAUAAUGGGGGACACUGCUACAGCAUGUUGCACGGAAGCAACGGAAAAAGUGCUAAUAGUAUAGACGAAAGUAGCACACGGUCCGGUCCGUACUUUGACCACUCCACUUCGAAAAACGUGACCGUCCUCGCGGGUCAGACCACAUAUUUGAAUUGCCGGGUGAAGAAUUUGGGGAAUCAGACUAUGGCUUUACAAGUGUCCUGGUUACGACAUAGGGACACCCACUUACUCGCUGUCGGCCGUUAUAUGUACACGAACGAUCAACGAUUUCGAGUCAUCCACAACGCGAAAGGGGACAACUGGAUGCUCCAAAUCAAGUAUGCGCAGCUCCGGGACAGCGGCUCCUAUGAGUGCCAAGUCUCCACGGCGACACCCAUCAGCCACAUCAUUCAUCUGAAUGUAGUCAAACCAAAAGCGGAGAUCCUGGGUGCACCAGAUCUGUACAUUAAUCGAGGAAGCACUAUAAAUCUCACAUGCAUAGUCUGGCAGACUCCGGAACCACCAGACUAUAUUUUCUGGAACCAUAAGGACGCUAUAAUCAACUACGACUCGACCAGAGGCGGCGUGUCGGUAGUGACGGAGAAAGGAGAGAGCACCACGAGUUUCCUGCUUUUACAGGAAGCGAAACCAUCGGAUUCGGGACAAUAUACUUGUAAUCCUAGUAAUGCCGAUCCUAAAUCGAUCACCGUGCAUGUACUCAAUGGAGAGUAUCCCGCGGCAAUGCAGCACGGCGGUCAAGCCAAACAACCCAGGCUCUACUCCCUUCUCCUGUGUCUAUGUCUGCUGCUAUACUAAGUGUAUCAUCCUCCGGAUUGCUAAUCCCCCAGCCCUUCGGCGACGGUAAACAACGGCCAUGCACCGUGAGAGAUCCGCCGGUCAAGGGACACCGAGGAGGCGUGCUGUCGAAGAGACCAGCAGCGCUAGACCGGGAGUCGCUAGUGGUGGUGCCAGUGACGCGACAGAGACGUCGUCGACGGUGGUGCGCGAGUGUGUCGGGAGUUCGCGUGGACAAACCGAGACCGGUAGAAUGGAGACAAAGAAAAGACCAAAACAAAGAAAACAAAAAAAAAUAGAAAG